AUGUGGCUCAAACAUUUCAACCCGAAAUAUUUGUCAUUCAUGCUAUGUCUUUUUCUCCUCGCACUCUCCUCAGGUUAGUAGCACAAGAAAAUAGUCUACGCUUUCUCCUGUUUUAAAUCUAAAGAUUAUAGCCGUACAAUACUGUAAAUAAUGUGGUUUUUAGCUCGUUUUUACUGCAAGUAAUAUAGUAAAGCCCCCUACAGACAAGCAAGUUUCCUUGACAAGUUUUGAAGAAGAAGAAAAAGAAGAAUUUAUUCGCACCAGUCAAAAAUACAUAAUUACAAAUUUUUUUCCACACAUUAUUAAAACGGAGUUUGCACAGGAUAUCUGAAGUAGCUUUAACACUAAUCGAAGUCAGAUAACCUUAUUAAAGUAUUCGAGCCACUGUGGGUCAACAUUGGGUUUAAGGUCAUGGUGCACAAUGAUGAUACAGAUACAAAUUAAAAUUUAUAGACAUAUGCAAAAACAAAAGCAAGCAUAAAGUCAGUAAUUGUUAAUUAUAAAUUUGAUUUUAGUUAAUUUGAAAGCAAAUUAAAACAGAAAUAAGAAUAAAAAUAAAGCUAGUAUUCAUUAAUAAAUUUGAUUUUAAUUUUUUUUUGAAAACUGAUUUAGUUAGUAUUUUCAAGCUAUUAUUAUUAUUAUUAAUCUAUAUUUAUACCUUAUUAUUAUUAUUAAUCUAUAUUUAUACAGGUUAAAACUUGUUCAGUUACUAAAAGCUGUUUUCCUACAAGAAGCUGUUAAAUUAGAUUAAAUACAUACAGUAAAAAUAUUGCAUGCACGCGAGGCUUAAGCAUGGCGUGACUCUCUUCAAUUUCAAGUGUUUUACGAUGUUUUUCAGAACAAGCAAAUGGAGAAUUCUUGGUACGAAGAUCCUCUCCAAACUUAGUAGUAGUAGCCGAAGGACAAGCUCUUCAACUCGACAUCAUAUUGAAUGGCACUGAUGAGAAAAUGCCCAUGCUGGUUUUCCUAGAUUGGAAUUUUCGUGCCUAUCAUUCAAGUUUCGUGAAGAGACUCUUGUCCGUGACGUGGGAUCGAGGCUAUGUUGUAUCCGAAGAGUUCUAUGAUGAAAGAGCGUCGAUAUUGGACAGUGCAAGUUUGUUACUAGUUGAGACAACCUUGGAGGAUAGUGGUACUUAUUGGUGUAAUGUGUUUUCGUUGCCAUCACAACAACAUCCUGUGUUAUACUUUAAUGUCACAGUUGAAGGUAGGCUGAGUGCAUGCAGAUGACACUUAUUUUUAAGACGAAGACGAUAUUUCUAAAGGGGUGUUCGUGAAUCGGUGAUAAUGAGUGCAUGUGCCUUUUGUCUCUGAGACCGAAGAUCUAUUUCUUGCAAUAUGUAUUUGUGUAAUGAUAAUUUCACCUCAUUCACAUGUAAAAAGAGUGGCUCCUGCUUCACUCCACCAAACACUAUAUACAGGUCCUGCCUGAGUACCCCGAUCUCCUCCUGUAGUAACACUGGGCUGAUUAGGAAUGGCCCUUCACGGACCUCUAGGGAGAACAGUUUAGAACUGAUAGAGCUAUCCAGUAUAAAUAAAGUUAGUUCAGUUUAAGUUUCCUCCUGUAGUAACACUGGAUCAAUAAGAGAUGAUACUUACUGGACCUCAAGGGAGAACUGAUAGAGCUAUCCAGUAUAAAAAAAGCGAUUUUAGUUUAGGUAGAUGAUUAAUAUCAGGAGAAUUGAUAUAUAUAUAUAAGUGGCGUUUAUGGUUGUAUUAUAUUGUUUGUGAAAUCUAUUAUAUUAUAACAAGAUAAGCUUAUAUAGAAGUAUCGCAAAAGUCUCUUUGGAAGACUUGAUCAACAUUACGUUAUAAAAUUUCAGGAAAACCAACAGCAGAAAUAGAUUGUCCUGAACAAGUGAACGUUACAGAAGGGAAGAAUUUCUCAUGUUGGUGCAAUGCCCGCGGUGGCAAUUUAACGGUCACAACAUACUGGCAGAUGACGGAAGCGCCCCCAUUCCUCGAUGGAAGAAAAAGAAAUGGCAGCACGGAACUCUUCUUGAAAAAUGUUAACAAACGUAUGGCAGGGACAUACAUCUGCAGAGCACAGCUCUUUUCACUGGUGGAUGAAAAGAUAUUGACUUUAUCCGUUUUGUGUAAGUGGAUAGAUCCAUUAUCUUCUUGAAACUUCAGUCUGAGACAGUAAGGCGUAUGGAACUGUAGAGGACUACAUAAAUUAAAUAAGAUCAAAGAAUGCCAUGACAACGAUAAAAAUAUAUCAAAAUCUCCACUUGACUGCACUUAUCAUGAGAUAUCAGACUUGCUAUCAUCUCAAGCACAACAAGUGACUUCAUAAAGUGUGAUAGCUUUGGAAUAAGAUAGGAUAGAAAUAAGCUGUGACCACCAUUCAUUAUUACUUAAAAGAUAUAGUCUAACACAGCAGUAAUAACACGUUUCAUAAACAAGCUUUACCUAAAUCUAGCUUAUAAAGAAGGGAGCUAUGAACAUUUUUUCAAUAUUUUUAAACGGUAUUUGGUCUGAUAAUCCUUAACCGUUCUUCGUGUUUCGUUUAGAUUCCCCUAGGAUCCGCUCUUUUCGGGGGAAAGUUUUGAAAGAUAACUCAAUGAAGAUGACUUGCCUUGCAAAAGGUUUGCCACAGCCAACCUAUAUAAUCAAGACCUCAAACGGUUUCUCCUUCGCAGCAGACAUUCACGGAGUGGUCAUUAUUAAUGAUUACAAGUCUGUUAUUAAUGCAUCGUAUACUUGCAUUGCAAGGAACAGCGUGGGCUAUGACCAGUGGCAUUUGAAUGGAAUUUUAACUAUUUCAAAAGGUAGGACGCUUAGAAUUGCUUUACCCCUUGGCCAACCAAGGACUUUCUCACCUGCACUGUGAAGAUUACAAUUUAGAAUUGCUUUAACUUAUUGCCAACGGAGGGUUUUCCUGAUUAGAAUAUCUAAUAUAUAAACUAGCUGUAAAGUCGGCAUUGUUCAUAUUUGAUUAAUCAAAAUGUUCUGCUUAUGAUGAUCUCAAUGCCAGGACCUUUGGCUUCAUUAUCACUCUGGACCCACGAUUUUCACGUAAAACGAGUCGUCAGUAAAGACUCUGCCGAAAGUCAUGGAGGUUUCUUUAAGUGAUCCGGCGUCUUCCCGUAGGAAAUGUUGACAGGAUGGGAUAAGAUAUAUGUAUAGAAGUUGCUUCACGACCGAGAGUUGUGGGUUAUCUCCGAUUUCUCUCACACAGGGAAUUUUGACCCAGUAGAUUCACAACCCUAUCAGUAUUAGCUGCAUGCAGUUAAGCACAUAUCAUGAUUAAAUAAAUGACAUUAUUUAUUUAUUUUAUUUUGUUCUUGUCCCAUUAGAUGAAACUGUCAUAAAUCGCAAAUCUUUCCUUCAAGAUCAUGUAUGGUAUAUUAUCGGUGGCUCCGCCACAGCUGGGAUUCUAUUUGGUUUUCUCUUAUUAAAAAUAUGCCAGUCGGUCGUCUGUAGAAGAUCGAGAAGACACGAUCAAAAUGAACAAGACUUCCCUGUAUAUGUCGACCCUGCUUCUCUACCUAUUUCACAAGGACGUAAGAACGACCCCCUGAAUUAUAUUGAUGUUCAUGCCUUACCAAGCAUUCCGCAGGGGGGUGUAAACGAAAACAUGCCUGUCUAUGUUGACCCAGACACCGUUGUUUCCGCAAGAGAGAGGCUUAGAGAGGCUAGAGACGAGAAUCGGGCAGUCGAAGACGUUCAGGCUAAGGAGCUUCCCAAGGAUGAUGGCCGGGUGUAUCAGGCACCAGAUGAGUCGCAGGCAGACGAGGGAGGGGAAAGUGAUGUUGACGAUAAUCGGGCGGAAGAAGACAUUCAGGCAAAUCCUGAACCAGAAGCAACAAACAGACAAAAUAGUUCGCCAAUUACUCACCGCAAACCCCGCGCGAACACACAGCCAAUGAUGGGUUACCAAGAUCUUGAUAGCUCGGACGAAAUUGAAGAAAAUUUCUAUCACAGUUUGCGGUCGGCCAGCGAAGGUCAUCCUUAUGAGUAUUAUGUUAACGAGAGAGUGAAAGACAAGGAAUAACGUUUCUUGUUGUUUUCCUUGGAACACAUUGGCUUUUUUUUGUUCAUUCUUGGACAAUUUUACUAUGUGUACUCUUUCUCUGUUAUAUACGAGAGUUUGUUAGUCCAUUUUAUCUGACUCAAUGUCUAUUUUAUUUGUCAACCACAGGAGUUAAAUUUGUAAGUAAACGAUCUUCUGAACUCAUCUUUUUGAAUGUGAUAUUUGAAACAAAAUGAAAAAGAUCGUUAAUAUGGAUUCCGAUUCGGUUUCCUUUGACAAACGCUUUCGGAAAUUUUCUUUGAUAUAGAGAUAAUCGAAAUAUUGUGGCUUAAAAUUACGUGGGAAGAGCGCUUGAAUAGAAUUACUAAACAAUAUGAAAACAGAUUAAAUAAAUUACUUAAAUAACUUAAAUAAU